AUGUUUGAAAAUGGCGGACGGACAACGAUAUUCCGAAAUCUAUUAAAAUUUCAAUAAUUGGAUACUUUACAUGAACAGUCCAAUACGUACGAUCAAUUUUCGUUCCAAAUGUUAAGAAUAUGCCUAAGAAAAAUCAAGGACCAUUGGAGCUGGUUCAGCUAGAAGCAGGAGAGCUAUUGAAGGAGGUUGACAUAUUAGCAGAAGAAAGUCAAGUGAAUCUUGAGGACUCUACUAUAAAAAAUAGAUCAAAGAAACUGAAAGAACUGUUCCAAACCUGUAAUGAAUGCAAUAAAACUGCUGAAAAUUUACUAAAAAGAGCUCAAGAAUUAAAAAAGGGAGAUGAACCUAAGAAGGUGUCUGAUUUUGAGAAGAAACAAAAAGCAGAAAUCAAAAAGAUUGAAGGAAUAAAAGAAACUUUGAAGAAAUUGAAUGAUAAGUUGGAGCCAGAUGAAGUGGAAGAGUCAUAUUUCCGCAAGGUGAAGAAGAAAGGGGUUGGAGAUGGCGAGGAGAGUGAGAUCACAGAAGAAGAUGAUGAGGAAUACACAGAUGAAGAGGAUGAUGAAGACUUAGAGGAGGAUGAGGAAAGUGAAGAAGAUGAUGACGAAUAUGACUCUGAAGAAGAAGAUGAUGAAGAAGAUGAAGAAGGGGAGGAUGAUGAAGAUGAAGAGCUUGAAGGUGGAGAUACAACAGCUGAAUAUACAAUUCAGCAGUAUGAGGCCCUUGAUGACUUUGAGGCUGAAGAAGAUGAUGAUCUUUCAUUUAAGAAAGGAGAGACACUUACAGUUGUAGAACUCAGGGAAGAUGGAUGGCUGGUGGCUGAGAACAGUAAAGGGAAACAGGGUAUGGUACCAAUCACAUUCCUCAAAGAGAUUAAUCCACUUAGGGAUGUGCAAAGUCCAGAAUCAGAUGAAGAAGAGACUGAGUUGAAAGGAUCACAAAGUGGCAAGUUCCUGUGGAAGAAAGUCAAAGCUGCAGUGAAGGAGACUAGUGCAACAGAUGUUCUCCAGGCUAUGGGGGCAGUCCCCCCAGGCUUCAGACAGACCACCCUUGGGAAACUAUAUAGAGAGUCGAAGUACACCAUGCAGAACUACCUAGUUCCUAAACUUAGCCAUUCCUGUGUCAGCUUUAAAGAUCUCUUCUAUGAUGCCCACAAUAUGAGAAUCAGAGGUAGAAACCCAAGAGUCCAGAAAGUGCUGACCCUGGUAAACUGUAGGCAGAUCCCUCUUCCUGGUGCAGGUGUUGACAUUGUUGGAAGACAUGUCCGGCUCUGUCUCUUUGAUGGGCAAACAGUACUCAGCAACAUACACACAAUCAAGUCUAUUGGAGUGGAUAAAGAACAGAAACAAUGGAAUUUCAAUGCAAAGUUGACAGACAAUAUGAAGAGUCUAGAGUAUGCAGAGAUGUUUGCCAGAACCAGUAGCACUGAGAGCAAUAUAGGAAUACUUAUGGAACUUUGCAUUUCUUAUAUGAGAAAGAAUACUAAUGAACAUAGUGACAUGAGCUGUGGUUGGGUACAUUUACCAUUCUUUGAUGAACAUGGUGCUCCUCUACAAAACAAAAAUUAUGACUUGGUGGUUAAUGGUGGCACGCCAUAUGAGAAAGGUGUUGAUCUUGACCCAGCUAUUAGUAGAAAAGCAAGCACUGGUAGGUUUAAACAAAUGUUGAUGGGAAAUAAACAACCAAAAAUGACAAUAAAGGUGGCAGCACCAACCAAGGAACAGAAAGACAUGCUUGACACCUUACCUGAUGUACUUGUGGGGAAUAUGGCAUUAGCUCAGUUCACAUCAUUCUACAGGCAGAUCCUAGCAGAUUGUCUUAUUAGGGAUAGUACAGAUCCACAAGCUGCAGAUCGCCUCCACAACCCUCUAUUGGCCACCUUCCCUCAGGUGAUAGAGCAACCAGACAUCAUGGAUGCUCUCAGAACUAUGUGGCUUGAGAAGCUGAAGUCUACAAAGCGUGCAGAAAGGGGCACCAGAAGGGAUUCCAGUUCAUCAAGAAGAGAUGUUGAAAUAUUGAAGGAGCAGUUCACACGAGUGUACAUGGAUACUGCCUACCCAUUGCUACACCUUGUUACCAUGCCAACUUACAUAUUGUGCCACCCAGAAACUGAAGAGGCCAGGCAAAUAGAAAUCAACAAAUUAUUAAAGACAGUUAGGACUAAGAACAUUGUGGCAGCUUUGUUGUCUGCUGACAAUACUUACACACCCUUUGACAUGAGAGAACUCUCAUUUGAUAUCCUUGGACCUUUCUGCAAUACUAAAUAA